UUGCUAUGUACUGGACGGAGAAAAGGAAAACGUUCGAUCCUUUUGAUGUAAAAUGUACGCAGAAGGAAGAGGAAAGUGGCUUCACAGUAAGGACGUACAACCUGGCCUACAAGGACACGAAAGUGUCGUGUCCAAUCAAGCAGUUCCGCUGUGGGUUCUGGUCGAGCGCGCCUUCUCGUGAUUCAAUUCCUUCCCUGCUGGCCGUCAUAGAUAGCGUGACAAGCUGGCAAAAGGUGGCCGGAAACCAGCCUAUCUUGGUUCACUGCAGGGACGGACUAACAAACAGUGGACUAUUCUGCGCGGCCUCAUUUGUACUCGAGCGACUGAAACUUGACCGAGACGUGAACAUUCCUCAAGCCGUCAAACAAAUGCGGGUGGCCAGGCCUCAGAUUAUCACUGAUUUGGAUCAGUUCCAGUUCCUCCACCAGGUGGCGCUGGCAUAUCUGGAAACUUUCCACACCUAUGCCAACUUCAAAUAAUUUUAUGGAAGUUUGCAGUGUCAUCUCCAUCAUAAGAGCAGUAGGAAGUCAGUGCUUUCAAAAUUUAUUGGAUCUUCCUUUUUUGCAUAAAUUUUAUUAUUCCUCUUGUGCCUUAUGUUUUACAUGAUAAAAUUAUUACUUAGAUUAGCAAUUUAGUUACUAUCAACAAGAACAUGAUCACAAUAGAUAAUGCUAUAAACAUUGAUGUCGUCUUGCACACAGCACCAUGGUUAACAUGAAUAGCCCACGUUAAAAGAUAAGCUGACAAACACCUAACCGACCGACAGA